CCCAACGCAUCUUUUGUUCCUUGGUUAGGCGUUGUUCCACUUGUUAAACUAUAUUCUAACUGUCAACUCGAUUUUAAAAGCGAUGUAUAUCAAUACUCUUUCUGGAAAUCAACAAUGUCAAUUCAUGUGUGCCAUGUAAAACGAAAAAACAUUCCUAACUUUGUCUUCCCGGGAGGAGUUAGGCCUUCACAACCUGCAAAGCCUCCACUUGCUACUGCUAAAGUUACACGCACUGCAAGACGAAAGAGAAAACAAGAUGAUGUUGUGAGUAGAAGCGAUGCAAGUUUGCAGGGUGAAACUAUAGAGCCAAAGAGAUUAGAAACUGAUAAUUGCGAUACCUCAAGCAGUUCUAGCCUUGUUGAAAAAAGCCAUGCUGAUAUCCCGUCCAUCAAAAGCACAUCAUCACCUGCUGUGCCUUCACCUAGUGAAGCAAUGACAGACACGCUUCUCGUCAAGCAAUUUAUAGAACCAAUUCUUGACCAACCAGAUGCUUCUCAAGCUUUUGAUGGGCUUGGAGAUGACGAGUUGAAUGGCGGAGGAUGCUCUUUUUUUGAUGCAUCAGAAAGACAAGGAGCAGAAACAGUGGUAACUUCAGAUAAAGGGGAUGAAAAUGGCAAUUCUUCUCUUGCCUUGAAUGAUGAGUACUUGGAAGAGCUUGAGCCUGCUGUGCUGGAUGCUCCAUCCUCUGGCUUGGCAACUACAUCAGCAUUAAUAAAUUCUCAAAAGCCAAUGUUAAGGUAUCCUUCUGUACUUUUUUCGAAAUGAAGACAAGGUCACAAUGCAACAAAUAUUUAACCGUGUG